CUCUAGGGACCAAGUGUGGGAAGCACGUAUUUCCGUCUGGAACUCAGAUCCACAAACUUUCUGAUGCAUUCUGAUUUACCCUGCACAAAAGAAAGAUAAGCUCACAGUUUGUGCAUUCAUUUGCUGCUUGCGGGGAAAGUUGAACCUCCUACACUUUUGGAUAUCUGGAUCCCUGUAUAAACAAAAACACAGAAUGGAGAACAGACUUGGAAGGCGACUCUAAAUCGACUCUUGAAAAGCAGUGACCAUGGCUCUAGAGACUGCUGCCAGACUAUCAAUCUACACAGCACAGCCAGACAUCAGAACAUAAAGUGCCUGGUUUGCUAAAGGCUGCUUUGGAGACCUCUGAGAUGCACAGUGAGUUUACAUGAAUACAUUUUGUGUGGAUUGUAAACAGUAUCAUUUAUAGUUUUGUGAGACUGCUAAGCUUGACAUUGACUCAGCAAGCAAUGUGACAACAGUCGAGAACUCAAAGCAGUCCUAGAACAAGUUGGGGAUGCACACAGUUGGGUUGCUUUUUAACUUGCCCCAGGUGACAUGGAAAAGGCUGUGUACCUAUUGCUGCUGAUGCUGCUGGCUUGUAACAUCUGCUGGAGCGUGCAGCUGAAAUGCCCAGAGCCAUGUGAUUGCCAGCAUCUCCAUCACAUUCUGUGCUCCAAUAAAGGUUUACUUGCUGUGCCCAAACUAAGCCCAAUUGCAAGCCCAAGUGGAACUAAGACUUAUAGUUUGGGAGGAAAUUUUAUCUCCAAUAUCAGUUCCUUGGAUUUUUUGAACUUUCCGCAUUUGCAGAGGCUUGAUCUGCAAUACAACAGAAUACAUUUUAUCCACCCCAAAGCUUUUGAGAAACUCGGCCACCUUGAAGAAUUGUACCUUGGCAAUAAUUUGCUUCCUGUGGUGGCCCCUGGUGCCUUAUCCCCUCUUAAAAAACUCAAAGUGCUGAAUGUGAAUAGCAACCGACUCAACAAUGUUAGCAAAGCCAGCUUCUCCAGCCUGACAUCACUGAUUAAGCUGAGAUUGGACAAUAAUGAGAUCCAGAACUUGCAUGGCUCUCCAUUUUCUGCUCUCUCUAACUUGCUGUAUUUGCAUCUGGAGAACAAUAAAAUCACCAAUAUCAGUAAAAAUGCCUUUGCAGGGCUUGGAAAGUUGCGUCUACUCAGCUUGUCUGGGAACCCUCAGCGUUCCCUACGGCAUUCCACCUUUUUACCUCUCAGGUCACUCAGCACACUCACCAUGGCUGGAAACCACCUGCAACAGCUAGGACCAGGCAUGUUUCAUGGAUUACAAAGGCUUUCAAGGCUCAUUCUCAGCUCAAAUCAACUUUCGUUGUUGCAUAAUAAAACAUUUCAGGGGCUUGGGGCACUUCAAGAGCUACAUUUGAAUGGGAAUUUGUUGAAGCAGCUCCCAGAGGGUUUACUGCUUCCAUUGCACAAUUUAGAGGUACUGAACCUUAGCCAUAAUGCACUGUCCAACCUUCAUCCUGGGGCUUUCCAUGGGGUAAGCCGUUUAAGGGUGCUGGAUUUGCAACACAACAUGCUGAGCUUCCUGCCUGAUCAGAUGUUUUCUGGUAACCCAGCUCUUUACCGACUACAGCUGGAUGGCAAUCGCUGGAACUGUGACUGUCAUCUAUUGGGACUUAAGCAUUGGAUUCAGAGAAUCCUGUACCCUCGAAGCCGGAUGCUAACCGUGUUUGUGCAGUGCUGGGAGCCUCAAGAGGUAGCAGGGAAAUACUUAGAUUAUUUAGAAGAUUCAUAUUUACAGGGGGAGGGGGGAUGUAUUCUCAACACAACCCCUGCUGCACAGGAGCAAGGAGCGAUUAGCACCUUAAGACACAAGGAUUUGGUAAUACACCAUGCUGCAAAAGACAGGAAGGAUGAACCAAGUGUGAAAAUGAUAGAGCAGAUCAUGACUAGAGCUCCCAAAAAGCAAGAAUUGCUACUACCUCUGUCCACACUCUCAUCACAAAGUUCUUCAGAUAGUGGAACAUUUGAAUUGAGACAACAGGCCGACACAACAAAAAAGACACAGAGCAUAAUCAGGGAAACUACAAACAAGCAUCAGAGACAGGGUACAGUGCCAAGGGAGAAAGGCAGUGACUCUGCAGACACAUUGCACCGCGUGCAAAUGCUCACCCAAUCUGUGAAGCCAGGAGAGACCAAAUCAGAAUUGGCUAAACCCAGCCAACUCAAUCCAGAAUCUGAAAAAUUACACCCAAAGUUUUCCGUACCAGUGACUCAGACAUUAAGACCAUUGCACUCCAAGCAUUCGGGUAUUCUGCCUUCUACAUCCAAAAAUUUACACCCCAGUGUUCCAGAAACGGAUACCUUGCAUCACCCUGAUCCUUUGGAGCCGCCUUCUGGGUCUGCGCAUGCAAAGUUUCUUGGCACCGUGAAACCUCCACAUGAGAUAAUGUAUGAUGACGCACGUAAGUCUGAAUUUACAAGGCUACAUCAGGAUGAUACUGCAGGCAAAGGUGAUUCCCCUGACAUCCCAGAGGCUGGUACCUUGCACCACCGACACCCUGACACCAUGCAGCCAUCUCCCAAUUCAUUCCAGGAUCAAGAGACUGAGCUGUUGGACCCAGUUGCUGAGACGCUGCAUCAGAUAGCCCCUCUGCCAUCUCUCCUUUCUGACCCAUGUGAAUUCAACAAGAUGUACUUGCUGAACCUGUCUGUGGAGUCUGUAGGAAGCAGCACUGCUAGGAUCCGCUGGCAGGUUCUGACCUCUCAUACACGAGGCCCUGUGCUGUUCAGGGUGCUGUAUGAGCGAUUUGGGCAAACUGGCCGUUACCAGCGCUUUGUUUAUCCACGAGGCCCAGCGGAAUCACUGACCUUGCAAGAGCUGACUGGGGACACUCCAUAUUUAGUAUGUGUGGAGAGCAUAAUUGGUGGAAGAGCAUGCCCUGUGGCCCCUAGGGAUCACUGUGUAGGACUUGUGACCUUACCAUCUAAGGAAGACUUACCUCUGCUAAAUUACCAAUUCCUUGCCCUGGCCCUUCUUGCCCUAAACGCUGUGCUGCUUCUCUUUGGGUUGGUCAUCUGGGGAACCAAGGCAGCCCGUAAGAAAUGGGGCCGCAGACGGACCCCUGUCCACGUACGGCAAAUGUACUCAACACGCCGCCCUUACAGGUCUGUUGGUACUGGAGUAUCUACUGAUUUCUCGGGUUUUCAGUCACACAGGCCACGCACAGCAGUAUGUGCCCUGGGAGAAGCAGAUCUCAUAGAAUUCCCCGGCUGCGAUCGUUUUAGAGAAGGAAUCAACAUACACCGAGAAGACCUGCUGCAGAGGUUCAGCGACUGAAAUGCACAUGAAUAAGGGAAGGUGAUCCGACCAACUGGAAACACCCUUAAAAUGACUUGUUUAGAUGUUCUGAAUGCCGGGUGAAUGAUGUAACCAAAGCGGAGCUGUUCCUGCCAUACUAUGACUAUUUAUUAUGACUAAAGUUCUUAAGUUCCCUUUGAACUUUUUUGGGUGUAAAAGAAUUGUACGUAACAGCGAGCACCCAAGGGGGUCGCUUUCAUAAUAUUUGUAUGGGAUAGAUGGUGACUCCGAUGUCUGGUGGUUUUUUAACAUGAACUGAAUUUUGAAUUUGUCAACCAAGCCAAUUGUUUUCCGGCUUCAUUUCGAGGAUGAAUAGCCAGGGCCAACCUCAGGACUGCAACUUACCCGGGACAUCUUUAAUUCCAGAGAGCCUUCUACGACAGGAACAGGCCACCUCUGGCUCAACAGCCGUGGUGGAUUAUGGCUGUGGUGGCCGGCAGAGCAUCAUGGGAGUUUUUGGUCACAUCAAGCAAUGUACUUAGACCAUUACACAGGUUUUACAGGCCCCUCUGAGGGAGAAGGCAUUGCGUGGUUGUACAGUAUCUUAGUAACUUGCAUAAAAGAAAGUCGGACAACAGUCGCUUAUUUAUUGCUUGUAAUGUACUAAAACAUGCGUUGAAAGAGGGCUGGGGGAAGUUUUACUAGGUUAUAACUUUCAGGCCUGAAUGAAAGACUGAGCAGUAAUUAACAUGGUAGAAAAA